UUAAUUUCGUUUCGCCAGCUCGCUCGCUCCUCAAAAUAUUGAUCGCAGUACCUAUACGCAAGUCGCACUAGGUCAAAAUGAAAAUGCACCUAAAAACCGGGGCAAAAAUGUCCCAACGCGAGAAAUUCGAGCUAAUUAACUCCGAAGUGCGAUCUUUUUACGAAUAUUGUAAAGAAGCUGGUAUGAGUGAUGAAGAGAUGGACAUAAUAUGCAGACCGCUGACGAAUGCUGUAAGGAAGGCUUCGAUAAAGAGAUUGACAAGGGGUGUGCUCUUGAUAAUAAUGAUUUUGGCGAUUGGUUUUACUGUAAGCCAGACGGAGACAUUUCAAUGGCAUGCAACGGCGCUCGCACGAAUUGUGUUGAUUAAAAUUCUGCCAGUUUGGGAUUGGACUCAGUUGUCUGGCGUGCAAGGAAAAUGCUUGAUGGAUAAUACCCAGCCUCAGAACUUGGAAAGUAAUGUUGUUUCGCCAGAUGACUGCAUCGCUUGUGAAGCUAUCAAAAGCGUCGCACGCAUCUCGGACGCUAGUUAUACCGAAGUCUUUAACCAUCACUUAUACCGCGGCGCCCCAGUCAUAGUCGUUGAUGCCUUCUACGACUGGUCCAUAGCACAGGGGACCCUCAACCUCACUAGCAUAAUCACCCAGGACGAAAGAGUCAGCAAUUCAGUGCCAUGCUUCAUCCUUACUAACAUUAAAAGGGGUCGCCAGCCCAUGGAUUUAGAAGAAAUCGUCUCUAAAAUCACAAACACGGACAUACCCAGUUGGUUCGUCCAUUUCCAAAACUGCGACUUAGUUGCAGUAAAAUCCUUUAGAGUCUUAGCACCAAGACCAUAUUUUCUUUCUUCUUACAUCAGUCCUGCUCAUUUCAACUGGUUGUUAUUGUCUAAAAACUAUGAUACGUUGAGAUAUAAGCGUUUAGAAUUGGAUGUAGGUUUGAUCAUAAUGUUUCAACUGAAAGGUUCAACGUCAGUGCAGUUAAAGCCGCGCUUCCCUUGUGAAGAUGAAUGCUCCUCUCUUAUUUUCGAGGUGGAUGAAGGCGAAACGCUUGUUUUGUGGAAUUCCAUUUGGGAAUUUGAAUAUUUGCCGGGAAAAGACGACAAUGUUGCCAUGAUCACGGAAACCUCUUGGGAUGAUUCAUAAUAUCUAUCGAUGUAUUUCUCCGAAUAUAGUUAGUUAGAAUGUUGUCGUGUAUUCGUGAUCAGUUCUAAUCAUAUUUUAUAGGGCCAGUUUUAUUAAUGGUCGCAUGUUAAAUGGUAACGAAAAAUAUUUCUUUCGUUA